UGCUCCAAUAUUUCUUCUGAAAACUUCCGGUUCUGGGUCAAGUGACAGCUCAAUCCACAGGGCUUUUUCCGAACAAGAGCAAGACAUAUUUAAUUGUGGGACCACCAGCAUGGAAGACAGUGAUCAGCUGGACAAGGUAUGCAGACAACUGGAUCAGCUUGUCUUGGACUUAUUUAACACUCUGGACUCUUUGUAUUCUGAACAAGCUAAUCUUGACCUACAAAUGAAAGAUGGCUACCUCCAGAUGUCCAAGGCUCGCUACACCAUGGGAAACAAAGCAGUGUCUUCUCUACAGUAUGACACCAGAAACAUGCAAGCUGUGGUCAAAGUUGAUGCAGUGGCGCCCUCUGUCGAUGGUGGUGGAAACGAUUACGUGUUUUCUUUAGUGAAAUGUGGCGAAAAAGGAGAGGGUAUUGCUCCAUCUGGUGGGGAAGGAGAUGCAACAUCAAAAGGCUUGAGGCACAGAAAUGUGAAAUCGGAAAAUGUGAAAGAUAGUGGUUCGUCAGAUCAGCAUGAUAGGAGUAAGAAAGAGGAAGAUGAGACGUGUGAAUUGGAAAAUAAAGAAAGCACGGAAAAUGAAAAAUGUGCAAAUGAUAAUAAGAAAAAAAGUGAGGACAAAGUCUCAUCCAAGAAGGAGAACAAUUCAGCUGUUCGAUGUUACGAUCCUCUGAAAUGGUUUGGGGUGCUUGUACCACAGAGUCUUAGACAGAGCCAAACUGAUUUUAAAAAAGCCAUUGAAACUGCAUGCAAAAUUGCAGAGCUUCGCACAAACUUGGAAAAAACUCGUAUGAAAUACGGAUCUCUACUACAACAGAAAAAAGAAUUACAAGCAGAACAGUAAUCCUCCAACAACUGGGAUAAGAAAUUGAUUUAAAAUUGCAUUAAACUCAAUAGUAUGUGUACACUACCUUUUUCUUUUUUUGAUUUUAUCUUUCACAUUUAUUAAAUAUAUGUAAUCACAGGAUAUUAUGCGGAAUAUGAUAGCACAGCUGGGUAAUUGACUUUAACUUGCUCCUGAAUUUUAUCCUUGGGAUUAAAGUGGAAGUGUGACUGUGUCAAAGAAAUAAUACUUUAAGAAAUCACUUGUAUAAGGUUUUUAUUUUUCGUUGGUGUAAAUCUCCUCUUGAGGACAUGAUCAAAUUGGUUGGUAACAUGAUCAUAUGAGUACAAAUAAGAAUUAACUUCAUUUAAA